GACUAUUUUCCAAGUCUGAACGCACCUUUACGAUAUGAAAAAUAUGUUUUUUUAAAUUGUUAUCCGGGCAAAAUAAUCAAUUAAAAACAUUAAAAAUUAAAGUCACGUAGAAUUUUUUUAUAGUUUUAGAUAGUAGAAAUUUUAUACAAAAAGUUUAGGCUGUGGUAGUGGGCUGUAGUGUAGAAAAUUAUGACAUAUGCAAAUUGCAAACCAUAUUAAAAAAUAUGGUAUCUAAAGAAAUCUUAACCUUGCAAUUUGGGCACUAUUCUAAUUUUAUUGGCUCACAUUGGUGGAAUAUUCAAGAAUUUGGAUUCGACUACAAUGGGGACGUAGUACCAGAAAUAGAUCACGACGUUUUGUACCGAGAGGGAGUUACAGACAAGGGUCAGGUAACAUAUGCACCCAGACUUUUGUUAGUUGAUUUAAAAGGCAGCCUUAAUAAUUUGCCUCUCGAAGGAGAGUUGUAUAACUCCCAAGCUGACCCAGAGCAAGUUAAACGUUCAAUUCAUUGGGAUGCAGUUGAUAUAAAACAUGAAAAAGCAUUUCCAAAAAAUGAAUUUCAAGAACAUCUCUCUACUGGUUCUUCUUCAGAUAAUUUAACUAAAAGAUGCAAAUUAGAUGAUUCAAUAAAUGUUUGGUCUGACUUCUUGUAUAGUAGAUUCCAUCCAGCCACUGUUAAUGUUAUAAAUCAAUACCAACAUAAUAAUGAAAAUGUACCCUUUGAUAUAUUUUCAUUAGGUAAUUCUCUUUGGAAAACUGAUAAGUUUGUUGACUUUGCUGACAGUAUUAGAAAAUUUGUUGAGGAGUGUGACCACUUGCAGGGAUUUCAUAUGAUUACAGAUUGUACAAAUGCCUUUUCUGGUCUUUCAUCUGCCUGUCUGGAGUAUGUGAAAGAUGAGUAUGAGAGAAAAUCAGUGUUAGUAUUUCCUGUCAUUCCAUCACAUUAUGAAGAAGAGACUACUGAAACUAAUGAAGCAAAAAUGCAAUCUUCUCAGAAUGAUGUGUUACGAUUACUUAAUUUAACUUUUUCUUUUAAUGAGUACAGGAAAUAUAGUUCAAUGUUUGUUCCGCUUUGUACUAGCAGAGAUGGUUGGCCAAAACCUGGUGCUCCAAGACGAUUUUAUCACACACAAUAUAAUGCAAACCUUUUAUAUCACACGAGUGCCAUAUUAGCAUCUGCUUUGGACACAGUUACAUUAAAAUAUCGUCAAAAGUCAAGAAAUUCUUCCUUGAUGGAUAUGUGUUCUGAUUUAACUAGAUAUGGGCGAAAAGUGUCAGCUGCCAGUUUAUGCUUUCCUUUUUCUUUAAACAUAGAUUCAGAUUUUCUGGAGUGUUUAGAUAACUGGGAAGGGCAGUUGGUCCAAAGCAUAACUCCCAGAUGUGAGCUACGAACUGACAAGUUAAUGCAAUAUCUAACUUUACGGGGUGUACCUGAAAACCGACUUAAGAAAAUGGCGCAUGAGGCAAACAAACAACAACAUUUGCCUGCAUAUAAAUGUAAUUCAAUUAAAGAAAUGUUAGAAUAUUAUUUGUCUUGCACAACUCAUGAUUCCGCUUCCAAUGUUACAACAGUGCAGAAGCCUAUGUUAGUCAGAACACCAUUUCCGGAACUAUUUGAUGAACAUAUUGGCUAUAAUGGGAACAUUAUAAGUGCCCCAAGGCCUCAACAUAUAAAGGUGGAUUCAGUACCCGUUCUUGCCGGUUUAUACUCAGGAUCGGAAAUUGGUGAUAUGUUAGAAUCGCUGCAUAGCUCGGCGAGAAGAAUAAAAAUUGCAAAGUUUCAUGGGUUUGAGGUCGAAAGAGAUGAGUUUGAAGAUUGUUUAGAUAGCAUUUUUGAAUUAAGAGAAAACUACAACGAUAAUUAUGUGAUUUAAUAAAAUUAAUUUUUUAUACUGAGCAAACUUUAUUUCUAAUAAAUACAUUGUUAUUAAGCAUAAAGUUCAUAUGAAUAAUUAAAAA